UUUUGUUGUGCUUUUGCCUGCUGCGCUGAUUUAUUUUUACCUGUGCGCAAUUUAAAACCUCAAGUCAGUCGCUGCAGCAGCAACAGUUGAGCAUCGACGACAGACAGACAAGCAGCAACAUGUCCAAGCAGAGCAAAUGGCACUGGAGCAACGUCAGUGAAUCUUUGAGCUAUGCAUUGUAUUUGCAUCGCCAGGAGCUGCGGCGUGCGCUGCGCUAUCGCCGACUGAUGCGCGUGGCCAGCACCAAGUUGCAGCUGACAAAUGAGCUCAUUGAGCAGGCGCGGCGCCAAUGGCUAUUCGAAGUGCCCAGCGAUCAGCAGGAGCAGGCAAUGCAGCGUGAGCGUCAAUACCGCGAUGCACUGAAGCAGAAUAUGCAACGGGAGUUGGAGCGACGUGCAAAGCAGCCGCGCAAACGAAAAGUCCAAGACAAUAAAGAAGCAUAA